AUGGCAAACAGCGAGGCGGAAGGGCCCCCGGUGCGGCGGGCCCUCGCGGGCCUCGCGGUGACGGUGUGUCGGCUCCCAGGGCCUCGCGGCGACCGCUCAAACACACAUUUGAAAUGGAUCCAGUUGGCUCGGUGCGGCGGGCAGCUGGCCUCGUCGGUCGGACGUGUGAUCGCCGCGGGAGACCAUCCCGCCACUGCUGAUUGGAAACCCUACGUGUUCACCUUCCUGCUGAGCGCCCGGCUCUUCAUCCCCCCCCCCGAGCUGCUGUCCAGGGUGUGUGAGCUGUGCAUCAAGCAGCAGCAGCUGGACCAAAGCCCGCUGGACGCGGCCAAGGUCCGGAAGUUUGGCCCCAAGCUCCUGCAGCUGCUGAAGGAGUGGACCGAGACGUUCCCCUCGGACUUCAGGGAGGAGAAGAUGGUGGGACACCUGGAGGACCUCAUUCACAGGAUAGCCCCCUGCGAUGAGGCCUACUGGAAGACCAUGAACCAGGUGCUGCAGAAGCUCAACCAGAAGCUGGCGCUGAUGAGCCAGGGAGAGGACAGCGUGGUGCGCCUCUCCCUCACCGCCUCCUCCAUCUCCGACAAGCUGGCCUCCUUCAAGGCCAAGCCCCCGCCCAUCCAGAAGGACAUGCUGGCCAUCUGCAACGACCCCUACACGCUGGCACAGCAGCUCACCCACGUAGAGCUGGAACACCUUGGUCACAUCGGACCGGAGGAGUUCGUCCAGGCUUUCGUUCAGAAAGACCCACUAGACACCACGCAGCCUUGCUUCAGCGACCACAAGAAGACAUCUAACCUGGAGGCCUACGUCAGGUGGUUCAACAGACUGUGCUACCUGGUGGCGACUGAGAUAUGCAUGCCGGGCAAGAAGAAGCAGAGGGCCCAGGUGAUAGAGUUCUUCAUCGACGUCGCCAGGGAAUGCUUCAACAUCGGAAACUUCAACUCCCUAAUGGCCAUCAUAUCUGGUAUGAACAUGAGUCCGGUGUCGCGGCUGAAGAAGACCUGGGGGAAAGCCAAAACUGCAAAGUUCUUCAUCUUGGAGCAUCAGAUGGAUCCCACCGGAAACUUCUACAACUACAGAACAGCUCUCCGGGGAGCCGCCCACCGCUCGCAGACAGCUAACAGCAGCAGAGAGAGAAUUGUGAUUCCUUUCUUCAGCCUGCUGAUCAAAGACAUUUACUUCCUCAACGAGGGAUGCGCCAAUCGCCUUCCCAACGGUCAUGUCAACUUUGAGAAAUUUGUGGAGCUGGCGAGGCAAGUUGGAGAAUUCAUGACCUGGAAACAAGUGGAGUGUCCAUUUGAGCAAGACCGGACCAUCCUGCACUACCUCCACACGGCCCCUAUCUUCAGCGAGGAUGGGCUCUACUUGGCCUCAUAUGAGAGUGAGAGUCCAGAGAACCAGGUGGAGAAGGACAGGUGGAAAGCACUCAGGUCCAAUGUUCUCGGCAAGACAUGAGGUCCCGACGCUGGCGAAGUCCCUCUGACGGAGAGGGAGUGUGUGUACGCACUGCACUUAGUUGAAAUGGGAAGGAACCAAGCUGGUACUCGGUUUCUUUGUAUUUCUAGCAGAAAAAAUAAGAAAGGAAAAAGGGAUGAGCCGGAUUCAUCAAGGAUACAAACCACAAAAAAAGACAACGAUUUGAAGAUUGGAUCGUAGACAAUGUAAAGCUAGAAUAAACAUGGAGUAAACAUGCCUGUGCAGUGAAUUAACUCGUCAUGGUUGGUAACCGUGUAUUUGUAAGGGGAGGGACACAUUUCCCUGAAAUUUAAAUGUGUGUGUACUCUGUGGAGAUUAAUAACAGAGAAUAAUAUUACAGGGAAAAACUACUUUUUCAAACAAAUUCCUACUGACUUAUUGAUGUAUAUUGUUUUGUAUAUUCUCCAUGGCACCCCCACCUCUCUCUCUCUACCUGACUCUGUACUCCUUUAAGACCUCUAGCCUUGUAUUUUGUUUUUUUAAAUUGCACUGUACUGUAUAAAAGAUAAUGUGAAGGGCGCUGGCUAGCCCAAAGCAGCUGCCAAAAUUCAAGGUAAUGGAAGGAAUUGAGUCCUGAAUAUCUGGGGUAUAGGCAUUAAAGAUUCUUUGCAUUUUAAGACUCAAAAUAUCAUUUCUCUUGCAUGUCUUAAAUCAUGUAUGUAUGUGUGAGUGAGAGUAUAGAGGAAACCAGAGAAUGGGUUGCCAUUUUCUCUCUGUUCGAAAUUCCCUGAAGAGAGUGGUUGUACGUGUGUACAUGUUUACCUCUUCAUUAGUACCUGUAUCGUGUAUUGUGCCAUUGAAACAUCAGUCAAACAGACUACAGUUGGAGCCCAGUCAGCCAUUGGUUAGGUACAGAAAAAUUCCAUCGCUUCAUGGUGUUCGUCAUCCUUUCUGCAACUCAGAAAGUUCUUCUCUUGACUGACAUUCAGUUGUCUGCUGUAUUAAUGGAGAUUUCUGUGGUGACAGAUGUAUAGUUUUUAAUCUCUUUUGUUUUAUGGAUAUGAAGAAAAUUAACAUGGCAUGCAGCAAAAGACUGAUUUUAAAGGGGUGGUACACGUCUCGGCCCUGAAGUAUUGAUUAGGCUUUGACUACUGGAAGAAAAACAAGCAUCAUUUGGUUGAUGAACAACGUGACAAUGUGGAGGGUUUAUAAGUAUGGGUACUGCUAUGUUUCAUUUAGGUGGAAAGGAAUCUGCGACCGAGAAAGGCGUACCCUGUAAUACACUGGUUGUAAUGACACUUCAGGCUACUCUCACUUGAAAAGUGCGGUCGUUUCGUGGGUUUGUCAUUGAACUUUUCUUUUUUGCAGGUUAGAUGUGAUUGAUGAGGGUCGGGGCGGGUUCUGGGGAAGGGAGUGUGUGUGCGUCGGGGUAUUUAUGAACUUUGAACAAACAUGUCUGAUUUCAUUUUUCUAUAAUUCCUUUUCGAUGUCAGUGUUAAAAGGUUGCGUUUGUUUUUUUACUUCUGAACUCUUUAUUUAUGAACUUGAUUUCUCUGUAACACAUUCCUCAGUUAAUAAGCCUAUAGAAGUAGAGUGGUGACUUUGUUAAACCCGCAGUUUGAGGUGAAGACAUGUUUCAAUAAAUGAUUUCCCAUCUUCAACAAA